AUGUGUUGGGUAUUUCGAUCAAAUGUUGCACAAUUUGUUUCAAAAGGUCGACAUAUCAAUCAGAUUACUUUUAUGAGACUCAAGUCUUUAGCCAACUCUGCUGAUAGAUCAAAUAAAAUCAAUGAUAAAGAAUUAGCUCAACAACAACAACAGGAUCAUUUUUAUGAUAAAGAUUUAAUGGAUAUUGAUCAUUCACCAUUAGAAACUAUUUCGUUCGAUUCAAAACGAUUAGAAGAUAUUGAUGCUGAUGCAGCUUUUGCUUUUCAACUUCAACAACAAGAAUAUGCAAAACAUAAUAUUUUAUCAUCUUCUCAUUCUUAUUUGUCAUCUAAACGAGAACUAGAAGAUAAUGGAAAUUCUUUAUCUUUUCUUCUUGAUACUGAUGAUCAGCAAAUAGCUAAUGAUAGAAUAUUAGCAGCACGUUUACAAGAAGAAGAAAAGCGAACUUUUUCGAAAUCUUCAUCUAAUCAAAAUAAUAAUCGUAAUUUUCGUGGUUCUCGAGAUCGUCAUAAUAGAAAUAUUCAAAAUAUCGAAGAAAAUUUUCGUUCAGAACAUAAUGAAGAUGAAUCAAUAAGAAAAAAAGGUUUAACUCAACAUCAAAUAAAUAUAUUACCAAUUGAAAAAUUUCGUUCUCCAACAAAUAAAAAUGAUGAAGAAAAUAAAUGUGGUGUUUGUUGGGAUGAAUUUGAACUAAAUCAAACAUUACGUCGAUUAACAUGUCUUCAUUUAUAUCAUAAACAAUGUAUAGAUCCUUGGUUACAAAGAAAUAAUCAAUGUCCAAUCUGUCGAGAACCACCAAUAAAAUAA